AAAAUUAAUGUACUCAAUUUCUCAAUGACAUAUUGGCAACAACAUCAAUGACAAACAGGAACCGCUUUAACUCCGACAAGCGCUGUUCAAUAUCAUACGCCAAUAUUCAAGGCAAGGUUGCGUUGAUUGAAAAAUUCCGCAACUCAACAGUUAUGCAAGAAGAUGAAUCCUACCGACCGAAGAUAUUUUACACGAGUGGCCCCCGAAUUGGGGAAGAAGAGUACUUUUGCUAAUACAAUUUGAA